AUGCGUGCCCCUGUGCCCCUAAUUUUACCCGCUCAACUGCUGCCUCUUGCCAUCGCUUUGUUGUUGCAGAGCCUGGCUUGGCUGGGCUGGGCUACGCAGGUGGGUGCUGCUGCUCAACAGCCCCAGAUCGCCAUAAUUUCUCCGUCAACUCCGUCUCGUCUCCCUUCCAACAUUCCGUUACGGACCCUCCCUGCCCGAUCUCCCGCCGACCAAGACUCCCACGCCGCUUCACUCCUCGGCUUUCCGGGCCACGCCGCCUCUGGUCAUCGUCGGCAGUCCUCCAGUUCCGAGUCAUCCUGGACUGACACCGGCGAUAUUGGUGAUCAACUCGGCGACGAGCACGACCCUGUGCGUCUUCAGCUGCCCGAAGAGCUCGAGCAAGAGCUCCUCGCCGGCGUGCAGAAGCGUCAGCCCAAACACGCCAAACAGGUUCGCAUACGCGACCCCCCGUCUGAGCAAUACCAUCGAUCCCCGUCGCUUCCGCCGACUAUUCACAAGGAGGCCAUUGAAAUCCCCUACAUUCAACCGCAACCUCCCUCGCGAGCCCAGCGCUGUAUCGGAGCAAUCAUGUCGGGACCAUCGGGUUCCAUCCAUGGCCUGACCGGCAAGGCCCUGCUUUAUUUCACUAGCAUAUUUGUCUCUCUUGGCGUAUUUCUGUUCGGCUAUGAUCAAGGCGUCAUGUCGGGCAUCAUCACUGGCCCUCACUUCAUCGACUACUUCAACCACCCCUCCAAAGCCCAUGUUGGUACCAUGGUGGCAAUUCUGGAGAUUGGCGCCUUCAUUUCCUCGCUAAUCGUCGGCCGGGUCGGAGACAUCAUUGGCCGAAGGCGUACCAUCCUGUAUGGUUCCUGCAUAUUCUUCGUUGGCGGCGCUUUACAGACACUGGCAACCUCCAUGGCCAUGAUGAUGCUUGGCCGAAUCAUUGCUGGUGUUGGUGUUGGCAUGCUGUCUACCAUUGUGCCCGUGUACCAAUCCGAGAUUUCCCCUCCUCACAACCGUGGAAAACUUGCUUGCAUAGAAUUUUCUGGCAACAUUAUCGGCUACACAACCUCGGUCUGGGUAGACUACGGCUGCGGCUUCAUCGACAGCGAUUUGUCGUGGAGAGUCCCUCUUCUCAUGCAAUGUAUCAUGGGAGCUCUUCUCGGUCUUGGCAGCUUGAUCAUUGUCGAGUCUCCGAGAUGGCUUCUUGACAAUGACCACGACGAGGAGGGCAUGGUGGUCAUCGCUAAUCUGUACGGAGGCGGUGAUAUUCACAACCCCAAGGCCAGAGAAGAAUAUCGCGAAAUCAAAAUGAAUGUGCUUCUCCAGCGACAAGAAGGCGAACGGACAUACUCGGACAUGUUCAAACGAUAUUCCACACGCGUCUUCAUCGCCAUGUCUGCGCAAGCCCUGGCGCAGCUGAAUGGCAUCAACGUCAUCUCCUACUACGCUCCCUACGUCUUUGAGUCGGCAGGUUGGGUUGGACACGAUGCUGUUCUGAUGACGGGCUUGAACGGCAUUACUUACCUCUUGUCUACAAUCCCGCCUUGGUAUCUGGUGGAUCGAUGGGGUCGAAGGCCCAUUCUGCUGUCCGGCGCAGUUGCCAUGACUAUUUCUUUGUCACUCAUUUCCUACUUCAUCUACCUCGAUGUCAAAUGGACACCGAGAAUGGUGGUCUUGUUCGUCAUGAUCUACAACGCAGCCUUCGGCUACUCUUGGGGGCCGAUUCCAUGGCUAUACCCACCUGAGAUCCUCCCUCUCAGCAUUCGCUCCAAGGGUGCCAGCUUGUCCACGGCCACGAACUGGGCGUUCAAUUGGUUGGUUGGCGAGAUGACACCGAUUCUGCAGGAAUGGAUCAAAUGGCGGCUCUAUCUCGUCCAUGCAUUCUUUUGCACAGUCUCCUUUGUGAUUGUGUAUUUCAUCUACCCCGAGACUUGUGGCGUGCGUCUCGAAGAAAUGGAUUCCAUUUUUGGUGAUGCUAGCACGGUCAUGGGCACCCCAUCCCUCCAUGCCGACACCGAAUCCCUCAUCCGAGCCGGCUCACCUGGCCCGUCGAGAGACUUUCCCGGAAUGUCACUUGAUGCCGCCGCGGAAAUAGACGACGAUCGGAAAUCACAAAUCCAGACGGGCGGCGGCGAGGACCGAAGCGUCGGUGGCUGGCUCUCCAGAGUCGUAGCUCGCGGCCGGUCGCCGAGCGUCCGCAGCAGCCAGGGUCGGUAUGCUCCUUUGGGUCAGGAUGAGGGCCGCCGCAACGAUGAUUGA